UAUUCGGGAAUGUUUAACGUAUAUAGCGCUCCAUACAAGAGUAGCGGCCAUUUGUAUCGUGCGUUUCUUGUCGCUCCUAACCAAGAUGAAGAUCGGCCUUUGCGCGUAUAGCGGGUAUAAGAUAUAUCCGGGUCAUGGCAAGACCAUGGUCAAAGUUGAUGGAAAGACCUUCACUUUCCUCAAUUCGAAGUGCGAGUCCGCACACUUAAUGAAGCGCAAUCCCAGAAAAGUGACAUGGACUGUUUUAUACAGACGUAAACACAAGAAGGGUCAGGAAGAGGAACAGACCAAGAAGAGAACGAGGCGUACUCAAAAGUUCCAACGUGCUAUUGUAGGUGCUUCUCUGACAGACAUUUUGGCAAAGCGUAACAUGAAACCAGAGAUUCGUAAAGCACAAAGGGAACAGGCAAUCAAGGCUGCAAAGGAACAGAAGAAAGCAGCAAAGGCAACAAAGAAAGCUGUUGCUCCACCGAAAGCCAAGCAGCUACCGAAACAAAAGGCUGCUAAGGUGACGCAAAAGUCCGCACCUCGAGUCGGUGGUAAACGAUAAAAGCUCUGUAAUUACAUAUAAAUAAAAUAAUAUAAUUCCUA